AUGGAUACCAUUAAGCAGUUCUUUAGCGGAAGUAGCACAGCUACUGAGAACCCAGACGCACCAAAGAAGAUGUGGGACAUUGCGCCAGAGAACUACUCGCUGCAAGGACCCAUCCAGGUCGACGUGUCCGAGGGCGACAAGUUCAUCUGUCGUUGUGGACAGUCAAAGACCUACCCAUUCUGCGACAGCACUCACAAGACCUACAACCAAGAGAAGGGCACAUCCUUCACCCCACUCAAGGUCGUCCAAGAGGAGGGCAAGUCCGUCUGGGUCUGUCGCUGUGGUCACUCUCAGACCGCUCCAUUCUGCGACGGAACACAUAACAAACUUCGCAAGAUCAAGGAGGCUGGUCCACAAGGACAGGCCUAUGGUUUCUGGGCUAUAGCCACUGCAGCCAUCUUGCUCGGUGCUGUCAAGGGUGCCAAUUACCUUGGUAACCAUUAA